AUGCUCCGCCUGGCGUUCUCGAUCAACGCGCCGAGUCCGACCCCGUUGAGCAGAGUUUUGCUGGAUCUUGGGUCGCGUCUCGUGGCCCCAGUAGGAUCGAGGCUGGGCGGCUUGGGCACGGUCUCCCGAGCUGUCCUCGGCUUGCUUGGGCCCCAUCUUGACGUGACAAACGCAAUUCCAGAGGCAAAAACUAGCCGCGGCGGCGCAGGGCAAAAGAGGAGAGACGGGGAGACUACACGUACGCUUGCGAGCUUGAACAAGACGAGAUGUGUCGAAGAAACGAUGAAGCUCGAAGGAAUUAACUGCGAUUCCAGACACUGUGCUUGCUCCUUCCCGUUGAGACGGAAGAUGCGUAGUGCUACCAAACACAUUGCCAGCUCAGCCAGGACCUGCUCUAUCGCCAGCGACAACACUGAGAUGCGAAAAUGCAAACCACGCGAUCGGAGCGGCCCCGACGGGCCUGCGCGUGCCGAGAGCAACCACGAACUCACGCACGGCCUGUGCGUGUGUGCGCGUGUCGCAGCAGGUCAGCCCAUCAGCGUCGCACCUUGCCAACUCUCGACAGGCCUCCUGGCUCGGGUGCCAGGGUUGCCCGCUGGCCACGACGUCACUUUUUCUGCAGCAUGUCUCACACGACUGAGCCAGGCCGUCUCUUGCGUCGCAAGCUCUCCUGGCCGCCCGCCCGGUCGCCAGAGGACCUGGGCCUGGCUGGGCAAGGCGGCAUCACUCCAGGAGACAGCGAGGGUGACGGCGCCUCCGCGCCAGCGUCGACGCCGAUUCCCACAAGGACCACGGGUCAAAAGAACCCUGGAUCUCGCUGCUGGACGACGCCGGGGUCCGCCUGUCGACGAAAGCCCCCACGUCGCGCCAGAGAUGAGCAAGAUGAGCUACGGGCGGCCUUCGGCUAGACCCCAUUUCGACGGGGCGCGGCUCCUCCUGCACAGUAGCGCGCCUCGAAACCGCAGAUCACGGCCCGCGGAACAGGGGCUGGCCCAUGCCGGCAGAUAG